AUGACUUUCUACGAUGACAUUUACCCAUUCUACCCUCUACAAAGGACCUCCUUCAUCUUCAGUGGCAGCUUGCUCACCAUUAUUCUGGUCUUCCUUGUGCUAGCAGUCAGUCUCCUUGUCAUUCUGCCAGGGAUACGAGGGAAGUCGAGGCUGUUCUGGAUGUUUAGGAUAAUUAUCAGCUUGUUCAUAGGUGCGGUUAUAGUGGCGCUCAACUUCACUAACGACUGGGCUGAGGCCAGAAUGACCACUAAUGCCACCUACAAGUCUUUCAGUAACGCAGUGGUUAACGCAGAGGUCGGCCUGCAUGUUGGACUGUACGGCAUUAACGUUACACUGAAGGGCAAUCCUGUUGUACAGUUCAAUGAGACCAUUGACUACAAUGAGAUGUUCAGCUGGCAUGACACUAUUGAAGAGGAGUACGAGGAAGCUCUGGAGAAAGGUUUACCCAAUCCCAUCCUGUAUAUUGCUGAGAAAUUCACUCUGAGCAGCCCAUGUGGACUCAUCUUUAAGUACAGCUUCUCUGGAAGAUACGCCUCUGCAACUCUUUGGACUGCAUUUUGCUGCUGGAUGCUUGCCAACAUCCUGUUCUCCAUGCCGGUCAUUCUGUACGCUGGGUACAUGAUGGUGGCCACUGCUGCCUUCAUCUUCUUCUCCAUGGCCUCCUUCUCCACCAUCAUGAAUGUGCCGCAGUGUGUUUUCUCCAUAGGGACUGACUCCUUUGAAACAGAAUACAGCCAUUCAUUCUGGCUGGCUCUGGCUACAGGUGUUCUGUGCACCAUCAUUGGGGUUCUGGUGGUGCUGUUUAACUUUCUGAUACCAGAGAAGAUGAAAGAAGCUUUCAGCAGUGGUGUCGACAAUUACGAAGAUGAGGACGUUUCUUAUGGAGAGGGCUACCUGAAUUCAGCUUUCCUUGAUGGAGUGACAAUUUCACCACUGACAUCGAAAGUCACCACAGAACAUAUAUGAAUCUAUCCAGGGUUCCCUCGGGAGCUUUUCC